AAACAAAUAAAAAUCAAGACUAACAAUUAGAACUGGGCUAGAGAAUUUUUUGUAUUGUCGUUCUUAAUCUAUAUCUAUAAUGCCAAUCUCCGUUGCAAUCCUUAUCUACAAGGACGUUGAUAUCCUUGACUUUGCCGGCCCUCUCGGCAUCCUCUCGAGUUCCGUCCUCAAUGGUGCUUUCUCGUUCACCAUCAUUGCACAAUCUGAAGUGACACAGACAUGCUGUCACGUUCGCGUUCCCCGCGAUGUGUCUAUUGAGGAAGCACACGAAAACCUGCACAACUUUCAUAUCCUGCUCGUGCCGGGCGCUUCUAUCGAGGGUUCAGUUGCAAUUGCACGGAAUGCCGACUCUCCAGAACUCCGAUUCGUCAAAGCAUUUUCAGAACAGAAAGCCGAUUUAGGCGGUUCAGAUCCGCGACCGCGGACUAUGUUUUCGGUCUGCUCCGGCGCUUUGAUUCUAGGCGCUGCAGGGGUACUAGUUGGAAAGACAGCCACAACGCACCAUCUUUGUCUGAAUUUGUUACGGGAACAAUGUGCUGUGCAUCAGGGAUACACAAAUGUAGUGCAUAGCCGAUAUGAGGAUGGAGGCCUGACUGAAAAUGGUAUUAGAGUGCUGACAGCUGGCGGUGUAUCAUCGGGAAUGGAUGCUGCGUGUUACUUGAUUGCUAAGGAGCUAUCUAUUCGUGAUGCGGAUGCUGCAGCGAAGAUGAAUGAAUACGAAUGGCAAAAGGAUAAAGCAUUGUUUUCUACUUCUUAGUUGAAUGGUUUUUCAUAUUCGUUAAAGACUAUUGAUUGAAUUUGUUCAGAAAAAUGUAGUUUCG